UUAUUUGACAUUUGGUUAUUGAUCAGCCGGCAGUAGUAUUAAUAAAAUUUGUUGGUUGUUCUGCAAUGUUUAUUGUUGUCAUAAACUUUUGUGAAUUAAUAUAUUAACAUUCUGUGAAAAUGGAGCUCGGAAUCAGUAUUAUAUUCCUUAUUCUGUUAUGUGUAUCAUCUAUUGUUGCGGUAAAAGAGUCUAGUGAAUUUCACGAGGAACUAUACGUACGCCCUUUGACUAAUGGGCUAGUCAAUACAUUUUUUCAGUUCACCACUCGUUGGCAUUAUGGCGAUAGAGAAAAUUUACACAACACUCAGCUUAUUCCUCGUCCAAUUGCCGAAACAUUAUUGCUUUACGAUGUUAAGGAAUUGCAUAUCGGGUUAACACAAGGGCUUUGGCGAUAUGAAACUUAUGGUUAUCCAGUAAUGGACAACGCCCCAGGCGCAGAGGUAAGAGCAUGGUUUGCUGGAGAAAAUUUAACUUCCACUGACGUCGAUGAUCAGUGGGUGAAGCUAGCUGGCACAUUUUCCGGAAUUUUGUGUGCCUCACUGAAUUUUAUUGACAAAACAAAUAGCGUUGAACCAAAGUAUAGUUUUCGACCACAAUUUGUCUCGGGUAGCAAGUCAAAUAUACCACAAUUUGUACGGUACGCAAGUUUGCCGCGGGAAAUUGUUUGCACGGAAAAUUUAACACCAUGGAAGAAGUUGUUACCCUGCGAUAGUAAACAAGGAUUUGCUUCAUUACUCAACUCUGGCUACGUACACAAUACCAAUUAUCACUCACUGGGCAUGAAAAUGCGUACAAUAUGUGAAUCAUACAAUACAAAUUGCAUUUUGGAAUUCACCGAAACUGCAAAUAUGGUAUAUGACCCGAAGUUGCUGGGAACCAAUGGCGAUUUCUCGUUGCGUCGUCUAUUCGGGCAGGGCCUCAAUGGGCAUUGUACAUUGGCGAAGAGUAGUAAAAUUUAUGUUAGUCUGGAUGAUCAACCAUAUGAUUUAACACCAACACCCUUGUACAACGUUACCUCGAAGCGUGGUGGAAGCACAACAACUUUGGGUGUAUAUGAUAUACAACGAUUGGAAGAAGAUAAACUAUUCAAUAUCGCUUGGAUAAACAAGAAGACGAAAUCGAACAUAUUAAUUACUCCAACACCACCGCUGUAUGCGCAUCGUUACAUAUUAGGGCACGGUCAGGAGAGGGGACAAAUACUUACACAAAUUACAAACAAACAUUAUUCUGCACUACCGAUCGUUAUGCAAGAAAACAUACCCUGGUUCGUGCCUUCCUACAUGCAUACACUGAAGUUAACUGUACAAUCGGAAAACGGCGCAGAGUACAUUAUAAAACCACGCGUCAUGCAUUACAUACCAGGCGUGCAGCGAUUACGUCCCUAUCAUUUAGAAUUACUCUUUGAAAUACCCGCUUUGAGUACCGUACAAAUAUCAUUCGACUUUGAUUAUAUUUUCCUAAAGUGGCUCGAAUACCCGCCUGAUGCAAAUCAUGGCCAUUACCUGGGAUCUGCCAUAAUCACAACACAGUUACCAGUUGGACGCAAUUACACAGCCAUACCAGUUGAUAAACACCUUUUUGCCGAUUCAUUCAAUGCCUCGCGUCCCUCAUAUUUCCUAGAAAUUCGUACAGAAUCACUAAUAUUAUCGUUGCCAACGCCUGAUUUUAGCAUGCCGUACAAUGUCAUUUGUCUCGCUUGUACCGUCGUAGCGUUGGCCUUCGGACCCAUACACAGCGUAGCUACCAAACGUAUAGUGGUCGAGCAAAAAGACGCACAACCGCAAUCGCUUAAGGGUAGAUUGAUGCAGAAAUUGUUCAGACGCAAGCAAAAUAAAACCGAUACCAACACUGACAAACCAGAAGCGCUUAAUGACGAUGCUGUAAUUGGACAUUCACUUGCUGGCAUCAAAUAAUAAUAAUAAUAAAAUUUUGCAGUAAUAAAAUGAUAAUUUUAUAAAUUUAAAAUUAAGUUUUUCUACUUCAUAUGUUGCUAGUAAAAUUGUAAUUAUUUGUGUAAUACUGUCAGCUGUUUUUUUUUUUUAUUUUACCUAUACUCUCCCUUAAUAAAUGAAAAUACUUUAAUUAUUCUAUUUUGUAUAAAUGUGACGAAUACACAUAGACAUAUUUAUUAGGAUAGUAGCGAUAUCAUAUCAGCUGUUUUUUUUUUUAUUUUACCUAUACUCUCCCUUAAUAAAUGAAAAUACUUUAAUUAUUCUAUUUUGUAUAAAUGUGACGAAUACACAUAGACAUAUUUAUUAGGAUAGUAGCGAUAUCAUAUGUGAAUAAAAAAUUAUUUCGCCUGAUGGCUUGUCAAUCAAACGUAAACUACUUGUUGUAUUAUAUAGUAUUGAUUAAGUCUAAUGUUACAUAUUUGAAUUCAUCGCAAUAAUUUUAUGUUGCCGUAAUUUGCAUUCCGUUCAAUAUGUUUGCCGUAAUCAAUAUUAUAUAAAAGGGGAAUGCGUACAUUGCCAUUGAUAGGUUACUAUUAGUAUUAAAUAUUACAUAUGUAUAUUGUUUAUUUACUUUGACCUACGCUUUUGUAA